UGAUGUCAGUUCUUGGCUCCCAAUCGUCUAAUCUGAGAGAGCUGGACCUGAGUAACAACCUAAUGCAGGACUCAGAAGUGAAACUGCUCUCUGCUGGACUGGAGUGUCCAGACUGUACACUGGAGACUCUCAGGUUGAGUGGCUGUAAUCUGUCAGAGAGAAGCUGUGAAGCUCUAUCCUCAGUUCUCUGCACCCCAUCCUGUAGUCUGAGAGAGCUGGACCUAAGCAACAACGACCUGCGGGAUUCAGGAGUGAAGCUGCUCUCUGUUGGACUGGGGAGUCCACACUGUGCAUUAGAGACUCUCAGGCUUUCAGGAUGUCUUAUCACAGAGGAAGGUUGUACUUCUCUGGCCUCAGCACUGAGAUCCAACCCCUUCAGUCUGAGAGAGCUGGACCUGAGCUACAACCAUCCAGGAGACUCAGGAGUAAAGCUGCUGUCAGCUGGACUAGACACACUCAGGUUGGAACAUGGUGGUGAGCAGAGACUGAAACCUGGUCUUAAGAAGUAUGCCUGUGAACUCACACUGGACACAAACACAGUACACAGAAAGCUCAAACUGUCUGACAACAACAGGAUGGUGACAUUGGUGACAGAGGAGCAGCCAUAUCUUGAUCUUCCAGAGAGGUUUGACUACUGGCCUCAGCUGCUGUGUAGAAAUGGUCUGAGUGGUCGCUGUUACUGGGAGGUUGAGUGGAAAGGAAGAGUUUAUAUAUCAGUGAGUUACAGAGGGAUCAGAAGGAGGGGAGACCAUUUGUCCUGCAGGUUUGGAUGGAAUAAGCAGUCCUGGAGUCAGGAGUGCUCUGAUGUUUAUGGUUACUCUGCCUGUCACAGUAAAAGAAGGACACG